AUGCACCACCGACUCCUCGCCACGAAACCAUCCCCCGGCAACUCGUCCAACGCCGCAGAUCCCGUCUCCAGUAACCCCGAGUCUCAAGCAAUCAACAAGUCCCGCGGGAAGGAAGCGCGGCACUCGGACGCGGCAGAUACACGGUCGGUGCAAUCGCCCGUCUCGGCGCAAGGGGGACGACCCUCGGAGGCGCACGAGGGCGAGGAGCAGACGAGUGCGGAUGCGAUGAUCAAGAAUAUCCGAGCGAAUCGACGGAGAAGAAGAGGGAAAAUGUGGAAAAGGCGGGGAGGAGGAAGAUGGGGCCGGAGGAUGAUUAGCGGUGGAUGUACGGUUUACGUGGAUAAUGGAUAG